AUGGUCUCCCCUGAAAGCACUGCAGAAACUGCUUUGCAAGAAACAUCGACAUUGAACCCAUUGCUGGCAUUGUCACGUUUCCUUAUUGAGCAACAAGCGUCUUUGUUUGCGCACACUCAACCUAGCGACCCCACCAUUAAACACUUGUAUCAGCUCGCCAUGAACGAGCAUGUUUCUGCUGUAGAAUACAAAUCAAACUAUACCAACAACUUAGAAACAAUCUGCACCAGUAAUAUCAAGCUUCUGGAACGAAGCAAAGCAAGAUUGGUCACCAAUAUUCCCGACAUGCAACGCACACUCCGAGAUUUAAAUCAAGGCAUUACAUACAACAAGAAACUCAAGCGCAUAUACUCAUCCAUGACGCAGCAAUCGUCUCAAUCAAGUCAAUCAUCAUUGUUAGAUAAUCAAUAA